UGAAGGGGACAAAACUCCAUAGUCAAAAUCCCAGUUGGCUUCCGUUAAGAUAUUCUCUUCUUCUUUUUCUUCUUCUCAACUGGAGUACAAUUCUUCUUAAUACACACAAACAGAAGCUGAAAAUGGCUAAGACCAACACCAUAAUCCAUGCAGUUGUAGUUGUAGUCCUCUUGCUUCUCUGCAUGGAAAUGGGUCCCAUCCAAACCAGUGCUCAACCUAAAAAUCUUCCCACUUCUGAAGUGAAAGCAAUUAAAGAAAUAGCUGCACAGCUGAAUAAGAAUGACUGGAAUUUCAAUGAUCCAUGCAGUAACAAAACAACCACUGAGAGACCCCAUACAGAUCAGUACUUCAACUUCAUCAUCUGCAAUUGCUCCAUCUCUGCAAAUGUAUGCCAUGUCCAAACCAUUAACUUUGUAGGGCAGGAUCUUGAUGGGGUGCUUCCACCAUCAGUGGGAAAGCUACAAUACCUAAAGGAACUUAAUUUGGGGCAGAACUACCUCAGUGGUACAAUACCCAGUGAAUGGGCUUCUACAAAGUUGGAAACACUGGUUCUCAGUGUCAACAAUUUAACAGGACCAAUACCCAGCUUUUUGGGAAGAAUAACUACUCUCAAAGCAUUGGGUCUGGAGAGCAACUCUUUUUCUGGAACAAUUCCCCCUGAGUUUGGAAAUCUGGUUAACAUGGAGACUCUCUUUCUUGGUGCUAAUAGUCUCAAUGGAACAUGGCCUGUGACUCUCACUAACCUGACUAAAUUACAAACUCUUAGGAUUAGCAGCAAUAAUUUCAGUGGAAGACUACCAGAUUUUUUCAGGAGUUGGAAACUACUUAAAAAUUUAGAGAUACAAGGAAGUGGAUUUGAAGGGCCAAUUCCUUCUAGUCUUUCGGUCUUGAAUAAUUUGGACACACUAAGGAUUAGUGACUUAAAGGGUGCGAGCUCAGAAUUUCCAGACUUGAGAAACAUGAACAUCAUGCAGAAAUUGAUGUUGAGAAGCUGUAAUAUAAGAGGAAAAAUUCCUGAAUACUUAUCUACCUUGACAAAUCUCGAGACUUUAGAUCUUAGUUUUAACAGAUUGGAAGGAACCAUUCCAAAUUUUGGAAAUAUUAGGGAAUUGAGCACAAUAUAUCUGACAAGUAACCAGCUCACUGGCAUUAUUCCGGAUUGGAUCAGUAGUAGAAAUAAUCGAUAUGUAAUAGAUCUUUCUUACAAUAAUUUUUCUGAAAUUUCUGUACCGCCAACUUGUCGAGAAAACUUCAAUCUGUUCAGAAGCUUUUCCCAACAGAACAACAAAUUACUCGGUCACUGCAUGAAUCCAUGUUCAAAAGAUCGAUAUUCGUUGCAUAUAAACUGCGGUGGAAAAGAAAUUACCCUUGGAAACAUCAAGUAUCAAGGAGAUGAAGAUCCAGGAGGUGGUGCAAGGUUCUUCCACAGCUCACCUGAUUGGGGAUUUAGCAGCACUGGUGAUUUCUGGAAUGCUUGGAGUACCAUAAAAGACUAUAUUUCAAACAAUGCAUCCGUGCUCAAAAUGAAGAAUUCUGAGUUGUAUACGGCUGCACGCCUAUCUCCUCUUUCGUUGACAUACCAUGCACGGUGCCUAGCAAAUGGACCUUAUACUGUCAAGCUCCACUUUGCAGAGAUAGUAUUAAGAGACAAUAGAUCAUAUUACAGUGUUGGUAGCCGAAUGUUUGAUGUUUAUGUCCAGGGAAAACUGGAGUUGAAGGACUUCAAUAUUGAAAAAGAAGCAGAGGGAGUUGAUAAAGACGUGAUUAGAAAAUUUAAAACCACGGUGACUGAUAAGACAUUGGAUAUUCGCUUCCAAUAUGCGGGGAAAGGGACAACAAAUGUUCCAAGACGGGGGAUUUAUGGUUCUCUUGUUUCAGCUAUCUCUUUGGAGUCUGAUUCCAAACCUCCUGAUGAAAGCAGAAGCACAAAAAUUAUUGUCAUUGGGGUUGUUUCUGCAUUGCUCCUUAUUCUCAUGAUCUUAGGCAUUCUUUGGUGGAAAGGCUAUUUUGGAGGCAAGCCAUCAAGGGAGCAGCGAACUGCAACAAAUAAUGAUUUGAUUUGGACAAGUACUGACUUGGAGAGAGGAGACGAUCAACCUGAGCUUCAUUUUUUUGAGUUGGAUAGCAUACUAAUGGCCACAAACAAGUUUAGUAUUACAAACAAACUUGGUCAAGGAGGAUUUGGUCCUGUUUAUAAGGGACAACUACAUGGGAAAGAAGUUGCAGUGAAAAGAUUGUCUAGCAGCUCGUCACAAGGCUACGAAGAAUUUAGGAAUGAAAUAAUUUUGAUCUCCAAACUGCAACAUAGAAAUCUUGUUAAGCUCAUUGGUUGCUGCAUUGAAAAUGAAGAGAAGUUAUUAAUAUACGAGUUCAUGCUCAACAAGAGCUUAGAUACUUUUAUUUUCGAUGAUAGAAGAAGGGUAGAGCUUGAUUGGGCCAUACGGUUCAACAUUAUUGAUGGCAUUGCGAGAGGUCUAGUGUAUCUCCAUCGCGAUUCCAGUUUGAGGGUGAUACAUCGAGAUUUGAAGGCCAGUAAUAUUCUAUUGGAUGAGAAGAUGACUCCAAAAAUUUCUGAUUUUGGAUUAGCAAGGAUUUUUGAAGGCACUUUAGAUCUAGCAAAUACUCAUAGGGUGGUAGGAACAAUCGGCUAUAUGUCUCCAGAGUACGCAUUGAGAGGAAUCUUCUCGGAAAAAUCUGAUGUGUUUAGCUAUGGCGUGUUAUUACUAGAGAUAAUAAGCGGGAAAAAGAAUACUAGCUUCAAGGAUGAGGAUCAAUACCAAGGCCUUAUUGCAUAUUCAUGGCAGCUAUGGAGUGAAGGCAGAGGAAUAGAGUUGGUGGAUGAAGCAUUAGGCGAGUCAUAUAAUGAAUCAGAGGCAUUGAAAUGCAUACACAUUGGGCUUCUGUGCAUUCAAGACUUUGCCACAGAUAGACCUUCCAUGGCUCAAGUAGCUUCCAUGUUAAGUAACCAAAUAUUUGAUCAACCUCAACCCAAACAACCUGUUUUUACUUUUCAAGCCAGCAGUAAUAGUUAUGAUCCUUCCAUACAAAGUGGUAAUAGAUGCUCUGUCAAUGAGGCCACUGUAUCAAUAGUUGAACCACGAUAAAAAAAGAAAAACUUCAACUGUAAAUUAUGUUAAAUGCAUAUUGGGCUACACCUACGCUAUUCAAUAUUUUCUUUUAAAUUUAAUGAACUCCAUUUUGUUAAAACUUGAAAGGAAAUUACUCUAAUGAUUGCAACAAAACCAAAUGUUCUUUUUGUAGA